UUUUGUUGUUCUAAAUUGAUGAGCUCUCAACUAAAAGAUAGAUAUGUUUUGGGGAAAAACAUUGGUUCAGGAGCGUAUGGCUCGGUGGCGAUGGCGCAUGAUAUGGAGACAAACUCAAAAGUAGCAAUAAAGAAGAUUACUAAGGCAUUCUCUGCUUUGACAUUGGUGAAACGCACUUUGAAAGUUAGAAUCCUUAGAGAUAUAAGGCAUAAAAAUAUCAUAAAGGUCUUGAACCUUUUUUCCGUUGGAGAUGAUGUUCAAGGCAAAGAUAUCUAUCUAGAAACUGAUCUACAUCAGAUAAUACAUUCUUCUCAGAAACUAACGGACCAACACAAUCAGUACUUUCUUUAUCAAAUACUAUGCGGGUUAAAGUACAUGCACUCUGUCGGCAUUGUUCAUCGGUAUCAUUAUAUUUCACGAAUAUUAUAUUUUAUCGAUAGGGAUCUAAAGCCGAGCAAUUUACUAAUAAAUGGAGACUGUCUACUAAAAAUAGCUGAUUUUGGAUUAGCACGUUCCGUGGAACAAUGUGCUCGUGAAGAGGGGACAAUUAUGACUCAAUAUGUGUCUACAAGGUGGUACCGCGCGCCAGAGUUACUUUUUUCACUUAUUGAUUACGGCACAAUGGUAGAUAUUUGGUCAGUUGGAACGAUUUUUGCGGAGAUGAUACAACGCAGGCAAUUGUUCCCUGGAAGGGACGCUGCUACACAAAUUAAAUUUUUUACCUUGGAACUCCAGAAGCUGAGGUAA